AUCGGAGCCAGCUCAGAAACGACGGAGAGAAGAAGAGGAGGGAGAAGACGGCUGAUAGCCCGCGGCCGGACCGACACCGACUACUAGAGAGACGAUAAACAAACUGAGAGUAGAUACAUACAAGUUCGCAAUUGCGGCUGACUUUGGCGGGAUCUUGAUUUGCACGGCGCCGGAGAUCCGAACUUCUUGCUUCUUUCAUUUCCACAUUCUUUCCGGCGAAAAUGGCAUCGAAUCCUUCCCUUAAGCCUGAGAUCGGGCCCGACGGUCUCGCCAGAGAAUCUCCGAUCAUCGCCUAUACCGAGAAGGUAAUUGCACAAGAGCAGCUUCAAUUGCACAAAUACAUCGAAGAAAACAGGUCGAUGCUGCUCGGUGUUGAGCGGGAGCUGGCAAAUCUAUCCAUGGAGAUGAAACUAACUGCUGGACCUAAGAAAGCUGCACUCGAGCAUCUGAGGAAGAAAAUCGAAAUUUCAAGUGAAAAGAUUCACCAAGCCAAGGUGAAAGAAGAACAAGCACGGAAGGCAUGGGAAGCAGCAGUUCAGGCCUUGAAAGACGAGGAAUCAAUGAAGCAGAAGUUAUGUGAAGACUUGAAUCAACUGGUCCAAGAGAGCAGUUCCUCGCAGUUUACUAGACUUGAGGAAUUAAAAAGACGACUGGAAGCUUUAAAUCCAAACAGAGCAUCUUCUGCUUCGCCUCAUAGUGGACAACCAGUGAGACCAACACAGAACAACACGGCAACAGGUGCUUCCUCAGUUCCUCCACCAACAGCACCAGAUAGUAACGAGAACACUGGAAACGCCGCGAACCAAGAACAGAACAGCCAAGCCCCCAACGGGCCAACCCAACAGCAGCCUGCUUCAGGAGGAGCUAAGAAGAAGGCUCAAGUCCAAGGAAAAGGAAGGGGCGUUCUUGGUGCUGUCCCCAAAAGAUCACCUGGCUGGACUGGGGCUGGGUUUGAUGUAGAUGGCAGGAAUUAGAACAGUCCCUUAUUCCACCUACACUCUGGUCAUAUGCCUCCUUUUCCCCUCCUAAAUUGACCAAAUUGCUGCUUUGCAGCUUAACAAAGCUGUGAAUGGGAAAGGAUCUCAUCAAUGUCAUCACGAAAUUAAGCGUACUCUAGUGCAGGCUAGCCGCUUGGUUCACUGUAGUAUUGAAGGAUUCAGGCUCUCUGUACAUUUUUACUAUGUUUGGCAACAAGGGGGGUGCAAGUUCGAGGCGGUACAAGUUGAGGGGUAAAUUGUUAGGGGGUGCAACUUGGUGGAGGGGUAAAUUGUUGUUUGGAUGAAAAAGUAGGGGGGUGCAAAUAGAGUAAAAAGUAAGUAAUUAU